AUGUCCGAGUGCGACUUAUACGACCUUCGCUUCUCGGGGAACUCUCUAUCCUGGAGAGGAAUAAGAAACAAGCAUCUUGUCAUAUGUAGAUUAGACAGAGCUAUGUCUAAUAGCGCAUGGGCUGAAGAAUACCCUUCACGAAGAAGUGAAUACCUGAGUUUCGAGGGGUCGGACCACAGACCGAUAAUAACGAACUUUGACACCACCAGAAAGAAGAGGAAAGGGAUCUUUCGCUAUGACCGAAGACUCAAAGAGAACGUGGAGGUGAAACAACUGAUAACCGAAGCCUGGAAUACAAAGGAGCUAAACACUGUAGAAGGCAAGAUAAGUAGAUGCAGACGAGAAAUAAUCCUCUGGAAUAAAAAAAGGCAUCUCAAUAGCCAAGAGCAAAUUGAGAAAUACCGUCAAAAGUUGGAGGAUGCAAUGACGGAGGAGCUAAACAAUGCCGUACUCAUCGAAGAAGUAAACGCCCUCCUGAAAAAAGCAUACGAUGAAGAAGAAGCUUUUUGGAAACAAAGAAGCAAGCAACUAUGGCUAGCGCUAAGGGAAAGCAACACAAGCUAUUUUCAUGCAGUCACGAAAGGGAGAAAAUCAAUCAACAAAUUCUCCGUCAUAGAAAAUGAAGCAAAUCAGGCAGUGUACAGAGAGAGCGAAAUAACGAAAGUAAUCACUGACUAUUACCAACAGCUAUUCACAUCACAGGACGGCGAAAGAGAAGCAAUAGUGACACAAGCGCUGAAGCCAUGUAUCUCGGACAAGACUAACAAGGAGUUAAUAAAGAUACCUUCCCCGACGGAGAUAAAGCAAGCACUAUUCUCCAUCCACCCAGACAAAGCGCCAGGUCCCGAUGGUUUCUCGGCAUGCUUCUUUCAGUCAAACUGGAACACAGUGAGAGUUAAGCUUAUCUCAGAGAUUCAACAAUUCUUCGCUACAGGCAAUCUGCCAAAAAACAUCAGUGCAACACAUGUCAGGCUCAUACCGAAGAUCACAAGUCCAAAGAAAGUCUCCGACUACCGACCAAUAGCGUUAUGUAACGUAUAUUUCAAAGUGAUAUCAAAAAUCCUCACCCUAAGGCUACAACCAAUCCUCCACGACAUGGUCUCGGAAAAUCAAUCAGCCUUCGUGCCACAGCGAGCAAUCUCGGACAACGUCCUCAUCACGCACGAGACACUGCAUUACCUGAAGACGUCAAAAGCAAAGAAGGAAGUUUAUAUGGCGGUAAAAUCGGACAUGACAAAAGCGUAUGACAGGAUCGAGUGGGAGUUUGUCAGAUUGGUCCUAAAACGGCUCGGUUUCCACUCUAAGUGGAUAUAA